UAUCUUUUCAUUUUCAACAUUGUUGUUCAAUUGUAACACUUUUACAUUUUGUGAGAAUUUUAAUUAUUUGAUUUUAGUUAAUUUGAAACUAAAAAAUUGACAAAUUAUGAUUAACCUGUGAUUGUCUCUCUUCUCUAUCAAUUAAUUCUGUAAAUGAGUUAAGAAUAAACUUACUGGUUGGAUAACCAAAACCAAGAAAAACUGUCAACCGAGACAAUUAUAAAAUCAGUUGAUGAGAAUUUCAAUACGUUACCAUUGACUCAUCACUCUUUCAUUGCAUGUUUUCCUGUAAUUUCCUUUCUUUCUUUGGUGUGAUCUCUUUAAAUUGAUUUGAUCGUCGUUUAAAUUGUUACAUUGUAUAAUCAUAGUGAUGACGAUGUGUGAUAUCAAAAGGAACGAUAUUGUCAUAUGGAAGAAGCCAUUUACUACAUUGGAUUAUUUUCUUCGUGAAACUUUUCUCCUUACAAUCCAAGGAAUCAUUUGGUUGAGGGGACAUUUUCUCUCUGCAAUAAUUUUCUUAAUCUCUGUUACAUUGUUGAUCUUCUAUUCAAAUCAAAUAGAAUCACCUUUGAUUAAUUCAUUUAAAACACAAGUAUUAUGGUCACUUUAUUGGCUUGGUUUGGGUAUUUUAUCAUCUGUCGGUUUGGGUACCGGUCUUCAUACUUUUAUACUCUACCUUGGACCUCAUAUUGCAAAGGUAACCCUUGCUGCCUAUGAAUGUGGUAGUUUAAGAUUCCCUGAGCCUCCCUAUCCAGAUGAAAUUGUCUGUCCAGAUAUUCCCGAUACAAGGCCGGUAACUCUUUGGGAUAUCAUGUCAAAGGUCCGAUUGGAAGCAUUCAUGUGGGGAGCAGGUACAGCAUUAGGUGAACUGCCGCCUUAUUUUAUGGCCAAAGUUAAACGUUUAUCUGGAGAGGAGAUGAUUAAAGAAUCAAAGAAGGACAAAAAUGUUCCAGCGAAAACAAAGACUAAUAAUAAAAAGAUGAAUCUACUUUCAAAGAUAAUGAACGAGAUUUCCGAUACAUUUGAAAAAGCCUCUUCAUGGGUACAAUUUCUAGUGGAGAAAGUUGGUUUCUUUGGAAUAUUAUUUUGUGCCUCUUUUCCCAAUCCCGUCUACGAUUUAGCGGGUAUAACAUGUGGACACUUUUUGGUUCCCUUUUGGACCUUCUUUGGGGCAACACUAAUCGGUAAAGCGGUGAUUAAAAUGCAUCUACAGAAACUAUUUGUGAUCAUUGCAUUUGAUGAAAAUCUAUUGGAACAUUUUAUUGAUAAAAUCAAAGAUUUACCAAUAUUAGGAGAUUAUCUUCAUAAACCAUUCAGAGAUUUUUUAAUCAAUCAAAAGGAGAGACUUCACAGUAAAGUUGUCACCAAACCUCAUUGGAUCGCAUCUUUAUUUGAGAAAUUAGUUGUGGCGAUGAUUAUUUAUUUCAUUUUAUCGAUAAUUAAUUCGCUUGCUCAAAAAUACCAUUCCCGGAUCACGAAUACAUUGACAAAAUCGUCCGAUUCUUCAUCUCUAACUACAAUUUCAUCGAUUAAAAAAGUUAAUCAGCCAAAUGAGGAAAACUUGUUGAACAAGCGAACCAAUAAAACUAAAUUUCAAGACUGAAGAGAUAAUCAUGAAGCAAAUAGACACCAAGAAAUUAGUUGCAAUGAUCCAGGAAAAGAAAUUGAGAUUGACAUUGACAUUGAUGAUUUCGUUGAAUUUUAUCUAAUAUUUGAUUUAUAUUUUGUUAUUCAAUGAUCCAAAUCUCUUGCCUUACUGAUGAUGCCUUCGACUAUUUAAUGUGCAGUUUUUUUACUGUUUCUUUUUUGUUAAAUUGACAUUAAUCAAAAAUAGAAAGUAUCAAUUUUAUAAACUCGCAAAUCUAUUUAAACACACAAA